AUGAAAAAGCAAAAGCAGCAAGUCAUCUCCCGCUUCUUCGCCCCAAAAUCCAAACCCCAAAACCCUUCUUUCCCCUCUUCUUCUGCACCCUUAAACCCUAACGACCCACCACCACCAACCCCACCGCCCAAAAUCACCGCCACCGUCGCCUUCUCCCCCUCCAAGCGCCUCCUCUCCUCCCACCUCACCUCCUCCCCAAAACGCCCCAAGCUCUCCCCCCACACCCACAACCCUAUACCCACCACACCCAAUCCCUCUCUCCACCAGAAAUUCCUCCAGAAGCUUCUCGAACCCUCCACCUCCAUCCCCCAGCCUCCUCCGCCGUCAAACCCUAAGCUAACGCCGUUAGAGCUCCAAGUCGUGGACCUGAAGAAGCGCUACCCCGAUGUGCUUCUUAUGGUGGAGGUUGGUUAUAAAUACCGGUUUUUCGGAGAAGACGCGGAAAUCGCGGCGAGAAAUUUGGGGAUUUAUGCUCACAUGGAUCAUAGCUUCUUAACAGCGAGUGUUCCCACUUUCCGGCUGAAUGUCCACGUCAGGAGGCUGGUGAGCGCCGGGUAUAAGGUUGGCGUGGUGAAGCAGACCGAGACGGCGGCGAUCAAGGCCCAUGGGGCCAACCGGGGCGGCCCGUUUGGGAGGGGGCUGUCGGCGUUGUAUACGAAGGCGACGCUGGAGGCGGCGGAGGGUGUGGGGGGAGGGGAGGAGGGGUGUGGUGGGGAGAGUAGCUAUUUAAGUUGUGUUGUGGAUGAGAGUGGAAAUGUGGGAAAUUUGGAGAGUGAGGUGAGGAUUGGGAUUGUGGCGGUGGAGAUUUCGACUGGAGAUGUUGUUUAUGGAGAGUUUCGUGAUGAUUUUAUGAGGAGCGGGCUUGAGGCUUUUGUUUUGAGCUUGUCUCCUGCUGAGUUGCUUCUUGGGGAGCCGCUUUCAAAGCAAACCGAGAAGAUGUUACUGGCUUUUGCUGGACCUGCUUCAAAUGUCCGUGUGGAGCGUGUCUCGCGAGAUUGCUUCAAAGAUGGUGGUGCUUUGGCUGAAGUGAUGUCUUUAUAUGAAAACAUGGAUGAAGAUAAGUUAGGCGACCAAACUGAGAUAAAUUCAGAGGUUAUAGGAAAGGGUAAUCAUCGUCUUGGAGUUGAGGGAAUCAUGAAGAUGCCAAAUUUGGCAGUGCAAGCACUGGCCCUAACUAUCCGUCAUCUGAAACAAUUUGGUUUAGAAAGGGUCCUUCACCUAGGAGCUUCUUUCAGGCCAUUCUCAAGCAACGUGGAAAUGACUCUCUCAGCCAAUGCACUUCAACAAUUGGAGGUAUUAAAGAACAACAAUGAUGGGUCUGAGUCUGGCUCCUUGCUGCAGUGUAUGAAUCACACUCUUACCAUACAUGGUUCAAGGCUUCUUAGACACUGGGUAACACACCCUUUAUGUGAUAGAAACAUGAUUUCUGCUCGUCUUGAUGCUGUUUCUGAGAUUGCAGAAUCCAUGGGGUCUUCGAAGGCUUGUCCGAUUAUUGAAGGGGAUGAUGCAGAAGAUUCUCACGUAACAAUUUUGAGACCAGAGUUCAAUUAUAUACUUUCUUCAGUUCUUACAACUCUGGGAAGGUCACCUGAUAUUCAGCGCGGGAUAACAAGAAUCUUUCAUCGGACUGCCACUCCAUCUGAGUUUAUUGCAGUUAUUCAAGCUAUUUUACAUGCCGGAAAACAACUUCAGCAACUUCAAAUUGACGAAGAGGGAAGUGGAAAAACUUUGGGCGGAAAGGCAGUGUGCUCUGAGCUGUUGAGGAAGCUGAUAUUGACUGCUUCAUCGUCCAGUAUAAUUGGAAAUGCUGCAAAACUUUUGUCUACACUUAAUAAAGAGGCAGCUGACCAACAAGAUCUACAGAACCUAAUCACCAUUUCUGAUGGCCAAUUUCCUGAGGUUGCUAAAGCAAGAAAGGAGGUUCAAUUGGCAAAUGAGAAAUUGAAUUCUCUCAUUGGGUUAUACCGCAAACAGCUUGGAAUGCGCAAGUUGGAAUUCAUGAGUGUGUCUGGAACAACACACUUGAUAGAGUUGGCUGUAGAUGUCAAGGUACCUUCAAAUUGGGUUAAGAUUAAUAGCACAAAAAAAACAGUCCGGUAUCACCCACCUGAUGUCUUGACUGCUUUAGAUCAUCUGGCCCUUGCAAAAGAAGAACUCACUAUUGCCUGUCGUGCUGCGUGGGAUAGCUUUCUAAGUGGAUUCAGUAAAUAUUAUGCUGAGUUUCAAGCUGCUAUUCAGGCACUGGCCAGUUUAGAUUGUCUACAUUCACUUGCUGUGCUUUCAAGAAAUAAGAACUAUGUUCGUCCAGUGUUCGUAUAUGAUGAUGAACCUGUUCAGAUACAUAUCUGUUCUGGACGUCACCCGGUUUUAGAGACGACAUUACAGGACAACUUUGUUCCAAAUGACACAGAUUUACAUGCUGACAGAGAGUAUUGUCAGAUUAUUACUGGGCCGAACAUGGGUGGAAAGAGUUGUUACAUUCGUCAAGUUGCCCUCAUUGCUAUUAUGGCACAGGUUGGUUCGUUUGUACCAGCAUCACUGGCAAGACUGCAUGUGUUAGAUGGCAUAUACACUCGAAUGGGUGCUUCUGACAGUAUCCAACAAGGGAGAAGCACCUUUCUUGAAGAACUAAGUGAGGCAUCACACAUACUCCACAAUUGCACAUCACGCUCGCUGGUUAUCAUCGAUGAGCUUGGGAGAGGCACCAGCACACAUGAUGGUGUGGCUAUUGCUUACGCUACAUUACAUCAUUUGUUACAGCAGAAAAGAUGCAUGGUCCUCUUUGUCACGCACUAUCCUAAAAUCGCUUCUAUCAGAACUGAAUUCCCAGGCUCAGUGGGGGCUUACCAUGUUUCUUACCUAACUUCAGACCGAGAUAGAGGAACAGUGGACAUGACAUCUGAAAAUGAAGAUGUCACGUACUUGUAUAAACUUGUGCCUGGUGUUUCAGAGAGGAGUUUUGGUUUCAAGGUUGCAGAGCUUGCUCAGUUACCAUCCUCUUGCAUCAGGCGAGCCACUUUCAUGGCUGAUAGGUUGGAAGCAGUAGUAAGAAGGCGAGAAAGUGAUAGAUAUGGCAACAAGAGUUUACUAAGAUCACCGACAAUGGAUCAAAAGGAAGAAGUGGAAGAGGAAAUGCUGGGAACUACUGGUAACGCUUAUGCAGGGGAGAAUCAGAUUAAAGAGGAUAUAUAUGGCAGCGAAUACAACAAAUUCUUUCUAAAUCUGAAAACUGCAAUAUCUAGUGAUGACCUUACAGAAAACAUUCGUUAUUUGAACCAUGCAAGAAGCAUUGCACAAGAAUUAGUCAGCAGGUUGAAAUAGUCAUCCUAAUACUGCAACAUGGAGACGGAUUUAGUACGAUGAACCUCAUCGAUUUUGUAGAUAACGUUUCCAUCGCCAUAUUUUGUAAAUCAUGAAUCAACCAGUGGUUUUGGCAAGCAAUCAAGUCCUAUCUAAUUUUCUUA